AUGGACUUUCGGCAUAAGGCAGUAUGUCCUCCGCCUCCUCCAAGGAGGGACUCCUGGGGCCUGCCUGAGCCGGUCGGCUACAACAACGAGGUCGCCUCGCCGUAUUUUCCACCGAGUGCCCCUCCACCUCCGCCACCUCGAGGAGGUGACUUUGGUUUGCCUGACUUCUCACACGGCACCCGUGGGCUAGGGGACUUCCUGCACAACCGUAUUCACGAGGCAGAAACGCGGGUGACUCGCUAUUCCCAGCAGCCUGCCGUCCAUGAAGCUGCGGCGACAUUCUCGCCCACGGACAGACUGCAGAAGCCUAGGCUUGGUAGCGGUGCUGGUGCUGCUUCCGGCGGUGGUGCUGCUGGUGGUAUCGUCGCUGAGCUGACCGGCGAUGGCCGCUUCUCCUCGGGACAUCAAUUGAACGCAGGAGCACCUGCCUUCCACCCGCGGCAACACCAAACACCGCAGCAGACCUUCGAAUUUGAGGGCGUCGCGAAUCCAGAUGACGAUGAUUGGGUGAAGAAUCCGGACAUUCGAAGCUACUGGACGGCCCCUGACGCCAAGCAGGGCAGCUCCGUUAGACAAGUCCCUGUUCCUACUGCUUCAUCCGGUCGUUAUGCCGGCAUCGCUGCAGAGCUGACGAGUGAUGGCCGACUUGAUCCAGAGCCGUGGCAAGGCAACUACCCCGCCAGUGUCCCUGUCGGGAAGGGCUUUCCAAAACCGGGAACGCCUGGCAACGACUGGCGGCGCGAAUGGCGCGGAGAAGAACCGAGACUGAAGAGUGCCGAGGAGCACUGGAACCCGAGGUCCCUGAAUGGCUCGAGCAAAGGCAAGGGCAAGGGAAAGAAGGGCGGCAAAGUCGUGGAUCUGCUGGGCGAGAACGCCGAGGUGAGCGUCGUGGGUCGAACUGCCUUCAUGGUGGCGGCUGAAAGGGCCCUUGAGACAGACCGUGGAAAGGAUGCCUUGUUCAGCGAUCCCUUUGCCAAAGUACUUGCAGGGAAAGACGGCCACGAGAUGUCCGACAAACUUGGAGAAGCUGCGGCACAGUUCGGCUUUGAGAAUUGGCCGGAGUUUCACAAGGUGUGGACAGUCGUAAGAACAAGGUUUAUCGACGACAUCAUCGGUAGUCUCACGGAUCAGAAGCAGAUGGUGAACCUGGGUGCCGGCGUCGACACCCGACCCUAUCGUCUUGAAGGGUACUCCAAGCUGAAGGCCUCUUACGAGAUCGAUACGCCCGAGGUGAAUGCCGUGAAGACGGCGGUGUUCGAGCGACUCGGGGCGACGCCCUUCUGCCCAGUCGUCACAGUCUCUGCAGACUUCCGUGUUGCAGGGGAAUUGGCUCGAAACCUCGUGCAGGCGGGCUUCGACGAGCAGGUAGCGUCCGUCUUCCUUAUCGAGGGGGUUCUGGACUUUCUGGAGGAUGCUGCGACGCCUUUCUUGAACGAGGUGUCCAAGAUGGCUGCACCUGGGUCCCUGGCAGUGAUCAACUACGCGAUCGGGCCGCCAAGGCCGGGCACCUUCACUGCUGCACAACUCCGGGAGCUCUUGGAGACCAACGGCUGGAAGGAUCUUGAGCUGCACGUCUUCGGAGACGAGCGUCUGAACUUUGGCCGCUACAAAGAUGGCCUCGUGCCCAAUGAGCAGUGGGCUUUUGCAACCUGCGUCUUUGCAUUGCGCACCUGUACAGUGUACAGCUGCAAGAGCGUGGCUCGGCAUGGUGGUUUCCUGGAGAGCCUGAGUUUUGCCAAGGUUGGGCCAGAGUGGUACGGCUGGAGCAAGGGCACCCAUGAGGACAGAGACCGUCGAGGACCAGAAGACCGGCGCCCGCGUCAAGCCGAGGUGAGGCAGCGGGGAGAGAAAGGAGGAAUGAAUCGCCAGCACCGGCAGGAGGACCGCCAGGGCCCGGACAAGCGAGACGGCCGAGCUGGUCGCCGACAGAACGAUCGUAGUCGCAACAUGCACGAGGGGAAGAAGGAGCCAGAGGAGGCUCCCGGCAGGACAAGGAGGCAGAGGAGGAGAGAGCGAAAGGCCGGUCCGCCGGAUGGCCAAGCCCAGACGGAAGCAGACGAGAAGGAGCCCUCGACAAAGCAGAGCACAACACCUGGAAAUGCAGCAAGAGAUUCUGAAUCGCCGGAACGAGAUUGCGGUGGCCCUUCAUCGGUGGGGUCCAGAAUUGAGGGGUCUAGAACUGAAGAUUCUGACUCGAAGCUAUCUUGA